GGAAGUUUUCGCUCGACAUAAAAGCGCUAGCCCGCUGCGCGCGGCCUCUUCCUGUCUGUAGCAGGGCGGCGCGUGGUCCACGCCGAGCGACGGAGAAGCCCGGCCUGCACCCUCAGAAUGACAGAGUGGGAAACAGCCACACCAGCGGUGGCGGAGACCCCGGACAUCAAGCUCUUUGGGAAAUGGAGCACUGAUGACGUGCAGAUCAACGACAUUUCUCUGCAGGAUUACAUUGCUGUGAAGGAGAAGUAUGCCAAGUACCUGCCCCACAGUGCCGGGCGGUAUGCUGCCAAGCGCUUCCGCAAAGCACAGUGUCCCAUCGUGGAGCGCCUUACUAACUCCAUGAUGAUGCAUGGUCGCAACAACGGCAAGAAGCUCAUGACUGUGCGAAUUGUCAAGCAUGCCUUUGAGAUCAUCCACCUGCUCACUGGUGAGAAUCCUCUGCAGGUCCUGGUGAAUGCUAUCAUCAACAGUGGCCCCCGAGAAGACUCAACACGCAUUGGGCGGGCCGGGACAGUGAGGCGGCAGGCUGUGGAUGUAUCCCCACUGCGCCGAGUGAAUCAGGCCAUCUGGCUGCUGUGCACGGGGGCUCGUGAGGCUGCUUUCCGGAACAUCAAGACCAUCGCGGAGUGCCUUGCAGACGAGCUCAUUAAUGCUGCCAAGGGCUCCUCCAACUCCUAUGCCAUCAAGAAGAAAGAUGAACUGGAGCGUGUGGCCAAGUCUAACCGCUGAUUUCCCAGCUGCUGCCUAAUAAACUGUGUCUUUUGGGACAAUUCCA